CACGCGUUUCCGGCGGAAGCAGGAAGUGGCGGCGCCGCCGGGAUCCCAAAAAUCCCCGAAUUGGGCCCAAACCCGCCCGAGCUCGGCCCCGAACCGGGCCCGAACCGCGCCCGCGCCCCCGGAGCCGCCCAUGAGCGGCGGGCGCUGGCGGCGGCACGCAGAGAUGGUGCAGCCGGGGCCCGAGGCGGAGCCGGCGCUGGCGGAGGCGCUGCAGCGGCUGCGGGCGGAGAACCGCGAGCUGAGGAGUGCCCUGUGUCACUGCACGCAGUCCCUGCGGCAGCGCCUGGACGAGCUGCGCCGGCUGCAGCUGCAGCGCCGGGGGGAGCGGGAGCUGCUGCGGGGGCGCUGGGGACAGGCCCGGCAGCUGGUGCUGCACCUGCGGGGACAGCGCGGGGACAGCGCCGGGGACAACGGCGGGGACACAGCUGGGGACAGCGGGGACACGCCUGGGGACAGCAGGGGCAGCUCCAGUGACACCAAGGACACCUCCGAGGACAUCAGGGACGCCCCUGAGAACACCAAGGACACCCUUGGGGACAUCAGCGUCACUACUGGGGACACCAAAACCAGCUCUGGGGACACCAAAAACGGCCCUGGGGACACCAAAACCGGCCCUGGGGACACCAAGAGCAGCCUCGAGGACAUCAGGGACACCCGUGAGGACACCAAGGACAGCCCUGGGGACAUCAGGGACACCCUUGGGGACAUUGGGGACAGCUGCAGGAGCGCCCCUGACACCAGCACCAAGCCCCUGUCGGUGUCCCCUCCCCUGGACGAUGUCCCCGAUCCUGUCCCCAGGCUGGUGGCCCUGCGCUCCCGCGUGGCCGUGGCCGAGCUCCGCGCUCAGGACGUUUCCCGCGCGGCCGAGCUGCAGCUGCAGGGACUGCGCCGGCAGCUGGAGCAGGACAAGGCGCAGGUCCAGGCCCAGGUGACGUCGCUGCUGGGGGAGCUCCGGGAGAGCCAAAAUCGCCUGGAGAGGAGCCGGGCGGAGAGAGAGCACCUGGAGCGCAGGGCCCGCGGUGACGCCGAGCGCUGCCAGCAGCUGGAGGAGCAGCUGGAGGAGGUGGCCCAGGGCCAUCGGGUGCAGCUGGACCAGCUCCGGCUCCAGGUGACCAACCUGGAAACCGCCCUGAGGGUGGAGCGGCGCGGGGCCACCGAGGAGAAGAGGAAGCUGGUGCAGCUGCAGGCCGCCUACCAUCACCUGUUCCAGGAGUACGACGCCCACAUCAAGGCCAGCCUGGAGGGGGACAAACGGAGCCAGGUGACGCAGGAGCAGCUCCGCGCCGCCGAGGCCGCGCUGGGGGGUCCCCACGUGGGGCUGGGGGGUCCCUUUGUGGAACUGGAGACCAUCCCGGUGCUGCAGGCACAGGUGGGGCUGGGGGACCCCGAAAUUGGGGCAGGGUCCCCAGGGGGCUGGGGGACCCUGGGACCCCCGAAAUUGGGGACAGGGUCCCCAGGUGGGGCUGGGGGGACCCUGGAGACCAUCCCGGUGCUGCAGGCACAGGCCGACAUUUACCGCGCGGAUUUCGAGGCGGAGCGCGCGGCGCGGGAGCAGCUGCACGGGCAGCGCGAGGCCCUGCAGGAGGAGCUGACGCAGCUGCGGCUGCGGCUCGGCGGGGACGGCGCCCGGGCGCGUCUGGAGGAGAUGCGGAACCGGCACUCGGAGCCGCCCCCGGCCCCGGCCCCGGGUUUUGGGGCGCUGCCCCCCCCCGAGGAGGGGCCGGAGCUUUGCUGCCCCAAGUGCCAAUACCGGGCACCGGACAUGGACACGCUGCAGAUCCACGUCAUGGACUGCAUCAAGUGAGGGGGGAUCCCCCCUGAACCCCCAAAACAGCGCCGGGGGACCCCAAAAACAGCCCAGAAACAGCCC